UCAAAUCAGCAACAACUGAAAAAAAGAAAAGUUGAUAAAAAUUAUUAAAUUUUAAUUGUGAAAAAACAUGAAUUUAAUAAGUGUGUCAAUAGUUCUACUUUUUGUAGCAACAAUUACUGCCCGGGAAUUAAAUAAAUUUUCACGGAAUGGAAAGUGUGACUGCGUUUGUGGAGUUCGAGGAAGAGGAAAUCGAAUUGUUGGCGGAUACGAAGCGACUCCUCAUGAGUUCCCAUGGACUGUAGGACUUUUCCGUCAAGGAAAACUUUAUUGUGGUGCCUCGUUGAUUUCGGAAAAUUUCUUGCUGACAGCGGCACAUUGCGUUGAUGGAAUUAGUCCUGUAGAGAUCAAGGCUUACUUUGGAGGUCAUAAUAUUACGAAGGAUUAUACGGAAAUGCGUCGUAUCAAGAAGAUUCAUCAACAUGAGAGCUUCAAUAUUUUCUCGUUCGAUAAUGACAUUGCUUUGUUAGAAUUGGCCAAGGGUAUUAAAUUUGGACCAAAAGUGCAACCUGCUUGUCUUCCUGAUGGAUCUGUUCGUGAGUUUUCUGGUUCAGAAGGAAUCGUCGCUGGCUGGGGUCGUCUCGCUGAAAAACAACAAACCUCAAUGUCACUUCAAACAGUAACUGUUCCGGUAUGGUCUCGAGAAGAAUGCGCAACUGCUGGUUAUGGUAGCAAACGUAUUACGGAAAAUAUGAUUUGUUCGGGUUACGUUGAGGGAGGAAAAGACGCUUGUCAGGGUGAUUCUGGCGGCAGUUUGGGAAUUCCAUUACCAACAGGCAACAUUCAAAUUAUCGGCGUUGUCUCAUGGGGACGUGGAUGUGGAAGGAAAAACUUACCUGGAAUCUAUACAAAUGUCGUGAAUUACUUGCCAUGGAUCAAUAGACGUCUCAAAAACGAAUGCUUGUGUUCGCCACGUCCUUUGCCAAAGACUUUCUCCGACUUUGUUACCUUUCCAGACAAUUAAUAUCGUAUGGUGGUUUCCUAAAAGAGACACAAAAAACUAGUCAAUUUUUAUUUGUUACUAAAUAUAAUUUGUUACGUUACAUUUUGUUACC